CACUGUACGGUACGGAACGGUACGAAAUGGGAUGAAGUCAGAUCCAAUAUGGCUGCUCUGGAAGACGACGAAAAUUUAGACGAAGAAAUUUUCCAAGAUACUGCUUUAUUAACGUUUCCGGAAGAUGUUCAGUCCGUUAUUGAUGAUAUAUUACCCAGUGAGGACCCACUAGACAGAGCAGACUUCAAUCCUGUAGAUUACAUCAAUACACUCUUCCCUACAGAACAGUCCCUGUCAAAUAUUGAUGAUGUGGUUGGGAAAAUAAGGUUCAAAAUCAGACGUUUAGAUGAUGAUAUCCGAACAGUUGUACGAGGACAGACGAAUGUUGGUGAAGAUGGUAGACAAUCUUUGGAAGAGGCACAGAGAGCCAUUCAGGAUCUGUUCACCAAAAUUAAGGACAUUAAAGAUAAGGCAGAAAAAUCUGAGGAAAUGGUAAAGGAGAUAACAAGAGAUAUAAAGCAACUAGAUCAUGCCAAAAGACAUUUGACUUCCUCCAUUACCACACUCAACCAUCUGCAUAUGUUGGUUGGUGGAGUAGAAUCACUCACGUCAUUAACUCGAAGACGGCAGUAUGGUGAAGUGGCAAAUUUACUACAGGGUGUGCUAAAUGUAUUGGAACAUUUCCAGAGAUACAUGUCUAUACCACAGAUAAAAGAAUUAGCGGAUAGGGUAAAACAGAUUCAGACUGAACUUGGUUCACAGAUAAUGUCAGAUUUUGAAGAAGCAUUUCAAGGAUCUGGUGCAAAGUAUGGCCCAGGCAAUCAGAGACAGUUGAAGGAGGCAUGUUUUGUUGUGAAUAUUCUCGACCCCAAAGUGAAACGGGAAUUACUAGGAUGGUUUGUGAAAUUGCAACUCACAGAAUAUUUGGUGCUGUUUGGAGAAAAUCAAGAUGUAGCAUGGUUGGACAAGAUAGACAGAAGGUAUGCAUGGAUAAAACGAACACUUGUAGACUUUGAGGAGAAGUUUGGACACUUGUUUCCUGUUGACUGGGAAGUCAGUGAACGUAUAUGUACGGAAUUCUGUGAUAUCACAAGAAAAGAAUUGAAUAAAAUAAUGGGUAAGAGACGAUCAGAGAUAGACGUUAAAUUGUUAUUGUUUGCCAUACAGAGGACAACAAAUUUUGAGGCGCUGAUUUCUAAGCGGUUCACCGGUGUCACUUUACAGACUGGACAGUCCAAACCAGUUCCAAGUAAGCCACCACCAACAAAAAAUCCAUUUGAGGAAGAGGCAUCCGAGAGCACGAACCCCUUUGCAGAAGAUAUGCCAGCUGAGAAUGGUGACUCUGACGAUUCAAAGGCUGAUGCAAAACCAAUGUCGUCACCCUUCAUUGGAAUUAUUUCAAAAUGUUUCGAGGCUCAUCUAGACAUUUAUAUCGAAUCACAGGACAGAAACCUUGCUGACAUUAUACUCAGAUUUUUAGAAGAUUUUAAACAAUAUGGAACUCCGCGUAUAGAGUCUGAGGAGGGCAGUAACGUGCUGCCGAGCAGCGCUGAUCUCUUUGUGUGCUAUAAGAAGUGUAUGGUGCAGUGUUCACAACUCAGUACAGGUCAACCUAUGAUUGACCUCACCAGGACAUUCCAGAAAUACCUAAAAGAAUACUCUGUCAGAAUAUUACUGAAUAAUCUACCAAAACUUUCAAACCAGAGCAGCAAUGUAACAUCUGCAUCAGGCUUAAUACAGAGUAUAUUGAGGGAAGGUGAGAUCUCAAAGUUAACAGAGGAGGAACAAUGUAGGACCUGUAGCAUACUGUGUACAGCAGAAUAUUGUAUGGAAACUGCUCAACAACUUGAAGAAAAACUGAAAGAAAAAGUGGAUAAAGAGUUAGCUCCAAAAAUAGAUUUGAAUUCGGAACAGGAUUUGUUUCAUAAUGUGAUAUCCAACUGUAUAGCUCUGCUAGUGCAGGACUUGGAAACUGCUUGUGAACCAGCAUUAACUGCUAUGUCAAAGAUGUCAUGGUCAUCAGUUGAAGCUGUAGGGGACCAGAGUGGUUAUGUAACUGCAAUAACUGGACAUCUUAAAAGUACUUUACCUCUUAUUAGAGACAACCUCGCCUCUUCUAGAAAAUACUUCACACAAUUCUGUGUCAAGUUUGCUAAUGCUUUUAUUCCGAAGUUUAUUGGCAGUUUAUUCAAGUGUAAGUCUGUUACUGCAGUAGCUGCUGAGCAGUUAUUACUGGACACCCACUCCUUAAAGACACUGCUGUUAGAUUUACCAUCACUUGGUUCCAGUGUUACUAGAAAGGCACCAGCGAGUUACACAAAGAUUGUUCAGAAAGGAAUGACAAAAGCAGAGAUGAUUUUGAAGGUGAUGAUGUCCCAUCAUGAACCAGCCAUGGCCUUCAUUGAUAACUAUAUACGUCUCCUAAAUGAUUCGGACAUUGGAGAAUUCCAGAAGAUAUUAGAAAUGAAGGGAUUGAAGAGGAGCGAAAUUAGUUCACUGUUGGAGAUGUAUCGUGCUAGGAUUCCUGUAUCCAUGGCAAUAGGUCGUCAGUCUUCUGUAGAGGUCACAGGUCAAGGUCAUUCCAAUCUUGUUCCUUCAACACCAGAACCAGAGUCUAGUCGGAUCAGAAAACUGGAAAAACUCAUCAAGAAAAGACUGUAGUUUUAAGUUUAGCCUGCUAAAUUUGUAAAAUGGACUGGUCCAUCAUUCAAGUCGGACAAUACCAUUUAUUAUUCAAAGGGAUGUUCACUGAAAAUUUAUGGACUAAAUAGCCAACAGUGCAGACCAUGAUCAGCCUGCACAUGGUCUGCACUGGGGCAGCGGCAGAAUCACUUGUCGCCAGCAGGCUAAGAUUAUAUAGCUACAAACACUUCAUAAUUUGUUACCCCAGCUCCUAAACAUAUCAUUUUUCAAUAGAUAAUUGACAUGGAAAGCUGCUAAAACUAUUCUUCAUCCAAACUAACAUGGGGAUAUCUUUUCGUUAAGUCGUCUUAUAACUUUUCCGUUUCUACAUUUAGUAACUUAUAUUUAAGAAAUAAUGUAUAGAAAAACUGUGUUUUAACAUUAUUAAUACAUGGAAAGAGGUUAUACAUUCUGGCGAAGUAUAACCGAUUUUGAGUGUAUUAAUUUAGGUAAAACCCGAUUUUGCUAUACAUUAUUUCGAUUCUAAUAUGCCCUUAAUCUAAAACAGUAGAUAAAAUAUAGUAGCGCUCUUUCUUGGUUGCAUCGAAAACAUUGACGUCGUCGCAUGUUAACUUGACGUCAUUUAAGCGUAAGCAUGUUUUAACACAAACGAGCAUAUUAGAAUUCUUGUUUUAAGAAUUUUAUUGAUCAGAACUUUUUUCUGUAGCUAUUUUAUGAAGGUUAGAAUUGUGUGCUUUAUGGUUCAUCACAGUCUAAAAGCCAAUGUUUACAAUUGUUGUUAAAAAUGGGUUUGGGGACCAAUCGGCAUGCAUUUUACCAUUAUUUUGUGCUUUUGGGUCGUGCAAUGAUCUGUUUCAUAUUUAUUCUUCUUAAUAGAAAUUUAUUGUAUAUUAAUUACUGAAAAUUAUUGAUAAAAUAUAAUUAAUAAGACCAAACGUU